CAACCUACAGCCUCCGUUUGGGGAGCUGGAGAGCGCGCCUGAUCCCAGCCCUCGGGAAAAGCCUUUGGGCUGCAGACACGGGAUGGGCCGCUCAGGGACCUAUGGGAGAGCACCCGCCAGACGUACGGCAUCACCGCGUGUUUGCCUUCUUUUCGCUGCACAAACUGAUCGCAUCUCUGGUUUUUGUUGCGUUUUUUUCCCCCGAAUCCCGCUCAUCUCGAGCCGAAGCGGCUCCCCGCCUGCUGCCUGGGUGCCUCGUGCCUCGUACCUCGUGCCGGGCCGCUCUGCGGGCCCCCCGGCCAUCCCCUCCCGCCGCGCGGAUCCCGUCGGGGCGCGGGGCUAUUUCGGGCACUUUUGGCGCGCCGCGCGGUUGCGUCAAUGGCGGCGCCCGCUGCGUCACGGCCGCCCCGCCCCGCCCCGCCCCGCGCUCACUUUUUCCCUUUCGCCCGCGGGUGACGCCGCCGCGCUCCAUGCAAAUGAGGCGGCGCUCAUGCAAAUGAGGCCCCGCCCCCUCCCCGCCCCGCUUAAGGUGCCGUCGCCGACGGGGCGGGCGGGGAUCCCCGGGCGCGCCCCCGCGGUCCGCCCCGCCCGGAACCUCGCGGGGGAGCUCCGCUGCGGGCGCGCGGAGCGCCGCGCACGGCGGCAGCGGCCGCGCACCCCGAGCGCAGCACGGCGCGCCCCGCGCGGACCCAUCGACGGCGGCCGCGGGGAGAGGGGCGGGGAGCGGGGGGCGGCCGCGGGGCGACGCGGGGCGGCCCGAGCCCACCUUAAGCCGUGACUCGCGGUGAUGUCACGUCGGAAAUUUACCAAAGCGAGCGCUGGCCAACGGCGCGGGGCGGCCGGCCCCGGCGGGCUGAUUGGGCGGGCGGCGCUGACGCGCGGUGACGCUCGAAGCCUUUAGGUGCACGUUGGUUGGGAACGCGGAGCGCACAUAAACAAAGGCACAUUGCGGGAAGGGCACUCCGAGCGCUCCGCUCGCACGGCGCUGCGCUGCCGCCGCCGCUCCCGCGCGGAGUCCCGCCGUGCCCGGCCGUGUCCCGCCGUGCCGAGCCGCGCCGGCCCCGCGCCCACCGCCGCCCGCCACUCGGAUGCCCGCUCCGCUCUCCGCCAUGCCCUGUGUUCAGGCUCAGUAUGGGUCCUCGCCUCAAGGAGCCAGCCCGGCCUCCCAGAGCUACAGUUACCACUCUUCAGGAGAAUACAGCUCCGAUUUCUUAACUCCGGAGUUUGUCAAGUUUAGCAUGGACCUCACCAACACUGAAAUCACUGCCACCACUUCUCUCCCCAGUUUCAGUACCUUUAUGGACAACUACAACAGCAGCUACGACGUGAAGCCUCCUUGCUUGUACCAAAUGCCCCUGUCCGGACAGCAGUCCUCCAUUAAGGUGGAAGACAUUCAGAUGCACGGCUACCAGCAACACGGCCACCUGCCCCCCCAGCCCGACGACGUGAUGGCCCAUUCGGGCUCCGUCUACUACAAGCCCUCGUCGCCCCCGACCCCUUCCACGCCCGGCUUCCAGGUGCAGCACGGCCCCGUGUGGGACGACGCCGGCUCCCUGCACAACUUCCACCCCAACUACGUGGCCACCACGCACAUGAUCGAGCAGCGCAAAGCGCCCGUCUCCCGCCUCUCGCUCUUUUCCUUCAAGCAGUCCCCCCCCGGCACUCCCGUCUCCAGCUGCCAGAUGCGCUUCGACGGGCCCCUCCACGUGCCCAUGAACGCGGAGCCGGCCGGCCCCCACCACGGCGUGGACGGGCAGCCCUUCGCCGUGCCGAGCCCCAUCCGCAAGCAGCCGGCCAUGGCCUUCCCCGGGCUGCCGCUGGGCCACGCGCCGCAGCUGCUGGACAGCCAGGUGCCGUCGCCGCCCUCGCGGGGGUCCCCGUCCAACGAGGGGCUCUGCGCCGUCUGCGGGGACAACGCUGCCUGCCAGCACUACGGCGUGCGCACCUGCGAGGGCUGCAAGGGCUUCUUCAAGCGCACGGUGCAGAAGAACGCCAAAUACGUGUGCCUGGCCAACAAGAACUGCCCGGUGGACAAACGCCGCCGGAACCGCUGCCAGUACUGCCGCUUCCAGAAGUGCCUGGCCGUCGGCAUGGUGAAGGAGGUGGUUCGCACAGACAGCCUCAAAGGCCGGAGGGGUCGCUUGCCAUCCAAACCGAAGAGCCCCCAGGAGCCCUCUCCCCCCUCUCCCCCGGUGAGUCUGAUCAGUGCGCUGGUGAGAGCCCAUGUCGACUCCAACCCGGCUAUGACCAGCCUGGACUAUUCCAGGUUCCAGGCUAACCCCGACUACCAGAUGAGCGGGGACGACACUCAGCACAUCCAGCAGUUCUACGACCUGCUCACCGGCUCCAUGGAGAUCAUCCGCGGCUGGGCAGAGAAGAUCCCCGGCUUCACCGACCUGCCCAAAACCGACCAGGAUCUGCUCUUCGAGUCCGCCUUCCUCGAGCUCUUCGUGCUGCGCCUGGCGUACAGGUCGAACCCCGUGGAGGGGAAGCUCAUCUUCUGCAAUGGGGUUGUCCUGCACCGGCUGCAGUGCGUCCGCGGCUUCGGGGAAUGGAUCGAUUCCAUCGUUGAGUUUUCCUCCAACUUGCAGAACAUGAACAUCGACAUCUCGGCGUUCUCCUGCAUUGCUGCCCUGGCCAUGGUGACAGAGAGGCACGGGCUCAAAGAACCCAAGCGGGUGGAAGAGCUGCAGAACAAGAUAGUGAAUUGUCUCAAGGACCAUGUGACUUUCAACAACGGGGGCCUGAAUCGCCCCAACUAUUUGUCCAAACUCUUGGGGAAGCUCCCCGAACUCCGCACGCUUUGCACGCAGGGGCUGCAGCGCAUUUUCUACCUGAAACUGGAGGAUUUGGUGCCACCGCCAGCAAUAAUCGACAAACUCUUCCUGGACACUUUACCUUUUUAAGACUCUUCCCGUGCACUGACGCUGGACUCGAGGAACCUUCGCCCGUCGGAAGGGGACUUCACCUGGGCACGGGGCAGCGCGUGGGGCGGCGCAGCCCCCCUCCCAGCGAGCGCUGAGCCUCCUGCGGGCGGAGCGCGACGGGGCGUUUGGCUCUGGGGCACCAUGGAUGCGGCUCUCGGACUUCACAAAUCCCAUGGUAUAAACUUUUUAUUCUCGGCUUAUAGAUGAGUUUAUUGUUGAGGACUUCCGGUUAAGCAGACGAAGCGAUCUGGCGACGCCGGGCGCGCGGCUCAGAGCGAGAGGGGCAGCCCACGCGCUGAGGGACCCGCGGGCAUCGCCUCCUAAAGACUUAAAGUUUUCUGCUGUAAAAGAAAGCUGUAAUAUACACAGAUCCUAAAUGUUCCGUGGGCGGCAUGCCAGGAAGGAAGGGAAAGGCUUGUACAGUUAUCAGACGCGGUUUGGCUUUUCUGCAGAUGAACCCGUGCCUAGUUAUGAAUCUAUAGGGGAACCAAUUCUAAAGAAUUAAGAAAUAAAAGCUAAACGUGUUGGGGGGG